UACAUGGCAGUGAGUGACGUGAAUGUGUUGGGUUCAUGGCCAAGCCCGUUUGUGCUGCGGCCAAGAAUUGCCCUUCACCUGAAAUCUGUAAACUACGAGUAUGCCGAGGAAAAUCUAUUAGAAUCCAAAAGCGAGCUACUCCUCAAAUCAAACCCUGUUUUCAAGAAAGUCCCAGUUCUGUUACAUGGUGACAAGCCCAUCUGUGAGUCUCUCAUCAUUGUCCAAUACAUCGAUGAGGUCUGGUCCUCGGGCCCUUCCAUCCGAUCCGAUCCUUAUGAACGUGCCAAUUCUCGAUUUUGGGCUGCCUAUAUUGACGAAAAGUGGUUCCCUGCCUUGAGAGGAGUGUUGGUUGCUGAAUGGGAGCAUUCUAAAAAGGCAGCAAUAGCGCAAGUGGAAGAAGGGCUGGUGCUGUUGGAGGAAGCAUUUGGAAAGUGGAGCCAAGGGAAACCUUUCUUUGGUGGGGACCAAAUCGGGUACCUGGACAUUGCACUCGGGUCUCUCUUGGUUUGGUUAAAAGUCAUAGAGAAGUUUAGUGAGAUGAAGCUGCUCACUGAAGCCAAGACUCGUUGCUUGCUCGAGUGGGCUCAUAGGUUCUCCUCUCAUGUGGCCGUGAAGGAUGUUAUGCCUGAGGCAGACAUGCUAGUAGAGUUUGCUGUAAAGCUUAGAGCCAAGACCUUGAAAGCGAGGGCUAUUCCAAAGUGAUUAAUAGGAUGUUUUACUUGAUUUAUGGAGAUGCAAAAGUUUGGAAAAUAUUCCUACGUUCUUCUUCCUACUAUGGCAUUAGAAGGUACAUUAAUAAAAUAAUUUUUAUUUUUAUUUCAAGGGAAAGACAAAAAUUUGGAUCUUGUCUGGAUCAUUUGAUGAUAAUACUAAUAAUCUUGAAGAGCAAAAAUGUUUUGCUUAUUAAGGAAUAUACUAAUAUUCACUUUUUUUUUUUCAAUUUU